UAUCCAGUUUAACACUAUCCUUACCCACAACACACCAACAAGAUGAAGACCACUCUUAUUCUUCCCACUCUCUUUACCGCUGCCUUUGCAGCCCCUGUCUCUCUCAGGCACGUUCGUCGUCAGAACAACGUCCAGUCUUUCACUGGUGCCCUCGGUGGCUUCGAGGCAACUCCCAUCCUCGAAACCGGUGACGCCGACCGCCCAUUCUCGGUCGGCGGUGCUACAUUUGCUGCCAUCGGAGCAGCAACACAGAGAAGCUGCGAUCAACAAUUUAACGCCUGCGCGAACGCAGCAAACGGCGGCGACGCAGCGUUGAGCGUGGAUGAGUGUGCGGCUCAGAAGACUCAAUGUGACGGUGCCGGUGCCGGUCAAGGAGCCGCCGCGAAUGCCGGCGCCAACGCCAAUGCGGAUGCGAACGCUGGAAAUGCUGGAAACGCUGACGCUGGCGCUGACGCAAAUGCUGGUGCAGAUGCGAAUGCUGGAAAUGCAGCCGCUGAUGCUGGGAAUGCAGAUGCUGGUGCCAAUGCUGGUGCGAAUGGAAACGAGAACGCCGCAGCUGGAAAUGCAGAUGCCAAUGGAAACGACAAUGCCGCACAAAACAACCAAGGAGCCGCACAGAACGCUGGCAACGGUAAUGCUGCGAACGCCAAUGGUAACGCUGCAAACGCCAACGGAAAUGCUGCUGCCAACAACCAGGGAGCCGCACAGAACGCUGGUAACGGCAAUGCUGCCAAUGCCAAUGGAAAUGGAAAUGCUGCCGCCAACAACCAAGGAGCUGCCCAGAACGCACAGAACGCUGGCAACGGAAACGGUAACGCUGCGAACGCCAACGGAAAUGCUGCCGCCAACAACCAAGGAGCUGCCCAGAAUGCUGGUAACGGCAAUGCUGCGAAUGCUAAUGGUAAUGCUGCCAAUGCCAAUGGAAAUGCUGCCGCCAACAACCAAGGAGCCGCACAAAACGCUGGCAACGGCAACGGAAACGGAAACGCUGCGGCCAACAACCAAGGAGCAGCUCAACAGCAGCAGAACAACCAGAACAACAACCAAAACGCCAACAACGACAACUAA